AUGGGGAGCUUCGAGAGGCAGGUGAAGGCAAGAGCUAGGGAGAUCAAAGGCCUCUUCAACAAGGGUUUCAAAUUUGUUAAACAUUCUUGCAAGAAGGGAUGGCACAAGUUGGGAUUUCAGCAUAGUUUUCUUGAAGAUUUUGAUUGUGGGGAGAUGGAAUUAGAUUUUCCUAAGACAAAAGCUGGUGAAUUGAAAGAGAAGUCGUUAAGGACUACUCUCCAGUAUGUUCAAGCACAGGGGCAUCCAUAUGUCGAGAUUAGGGAAGAGGGCAAGAAGAACCGCUUGAUCUUAUUUUGUAUGUUGUGUCCUGCACCUUGCCAUAGUGAUUCUUGCUUGUUUGAACACUUGAAGGGCCGUAGGCACACUCAAAGACUAGCCACUGCGCAACUUACACUGCUCAAACCAAAUCCAUGGCCCUUCAAUGAUGGUAUGAUUUUCUUCCAUGAUCAGCAAACUAAAACUGUACCUGCUUCGGACCGUGGGAAAAACAAGUUGGUAGAUGUACGUAGUAGUAAUGUUGGACCGGUUGCUAGUGCACAGAGUUCCCUGAAGAUUAAGGACAACACCAAUCGUGAUAAAAAAUCCAGUAGUUCUACCUUGGGUGGUGAUAAAACUGGUGGGAUGCUAGUUAUUCCCGACGUUAUGCAAAAAGGCAAGGCUUCUGAUUUGGUGGUGAGGCAUAUUGGAGUUGGAAGAAUUGGUGCCAGGUUUGGGUAUAGGCAUGGAGGCUCCAGUCAAGUUUGUAGAGUAUGGUGUGGAUGGCUAGGGAAUGUGGAUUCCACCACUGAGGAUGUUGCUAGGACUCCUAAGCAUGAAUUUUCUAUUGUUACCUUUUCUUACGACUAUAACUUGGGGCGGCAGGGGUUAGUUGAUAGUGUCGAUUAUAUGCUUUCAUCAGUUCCUGGUAUAGAACCUGAGAAAAUUCGCCCUCGUAGAGGCAGGAAGAGGAAGUUAGUUUCUGAUCCAAAGAAUAUAAGUAAGGCUUUAAGAAUUCAAGAUCACUCUUCUGGGAAAGAGUCUCAGUCUUCAAAAAGUUCAAAGUCAAACGUGCUGUUCACCAGAGAUGAAGAUAGAUUGGCUCGCAUUAUUGCGAGCAAGACUCUGAGGAAACGAUUAAGAAAACGAUACCGUUUUUAUGCUAAGAGGGAAUGUCGGAUAUGCAGAAAGAGGAUGGUGCUGGACAAAGAUGUUGCUGCUCUGUUAAAUUGGAAGACUGGAAUGCUUCUAUUCCAUGUGUAUCACAUAUCCUGUCUCAUUCAAUGGUUACUGCACUUUGAGGCUGAGUUUGCUUUUGAUGAUCAGAAUGAAAUCAAAAUGGCUAAAGCCAAGAAAGAUGGGGAGAAGGACCCAAUUUGCUCGGCAUUCUGUCCUGAAUGCCAAGGCACUGGUAUAAUAGUGAAAGGGAAUGAACGCGAGAACCUACAUGCCUCUCUUAAUCAGAUCAUGGAAUAUACGCACAAAAUGUGUGAGGCUCGCAGUGCUUGGAUAACAAGUCCAGAAAUGUUGGAUAACUGCUCAAUUGGUUUUCAUUUCCCUCAGGCAUACUAUGAUCCAAGAUAUCAGGAAGAUGUACAACAACUGAAAAUACUGCACUUCUAUCGAGCAAUUGAGUAG